AACCUUCCAUGUCCCAUUCAUCUCUCUCUCUCUCAAACCCCAAAAUCUUCCCUUCAUAUAUCUGCACCAUUUUCUAAUCUCCCCGUGCACCUAAAAUCCACUUUAAAAUCCACUUUCGUUUUCUUUUUCCUUUUUUCCACAAAUCCACUUUAAUUUCUCCGCGUAUUUUUAUUUAUUCUUUUCCCACAACAUCUCAUCCACAAUGGCAAACGGGACCGGGUCCCCGUGCGGCGCAUGCAAGUUCCUCCGGCGCAAGUGCGCGCCCAAUUGUGUGUUUGGGCCUUACUUCUGCUCGGAGCAAGGCCCGGCCCGAUUCGCAGCCAUUCACAAAGUGUUUGGGGCUAGCAACGUGUCCAAGCUGCUUCUGCACGUGCCAGUGCCCGAACGGUGUGAGGCCGUUGUCACCAUCGCCUAUGAGGCCCAAGCCCGCAUCAGGGACCCCGUUCAUGGCUGUGUGGCCCAUAUAUUCGCCUUGCAACAACAGGUGGCGUAUCUACAAGCCCAACUAAUGCAAGCCAAGGCCCAACUGGCGCAAAUCCUAUUGAUCGACCACUCAUCGCAAAGCGUAGAGAGCCAUUGGCUCGCCGAGCCCACUGCACCGGGCCUCAUGGGAUCUCCAUCUCCAUUUCAGUUCCCUAACUAUAACACGUCACCUCAAAGCUCGAUCGACUCAAUUAACGACCAAGAAAUCCAAAGUCGAUAUGAGUACUUAGUCGACGAGAGAAGAGCUUCACAGGCUGACCUAAGUGAGCUCCAGGCCCUGGCGCUUAGAAUGAUGAACGGUGAAAAUUAAAUUUAACUGUGAAAACAACCCGUCGACUUUAGCUUAAUUACAGAUGAACCCCAAUUAGCUUUUGGAAUUACAAAUAUGUAUCUGACGUGUGUGUUUUACUGUUGGAUCAACACACAUCUAUAUGGGUGUGCAUGUGAGUAUGUGUAAUCAAACAGUAAAAAUAGGCGAGAUGAUCAGAUCCAUUCUCAUGAGAGGGUUAUUUUGUAUUUGUAAGAUAAUUACAAAAAUCUUGAGGGUGCUACAUAUUUGUAACAUAAAAGUUAAAUGGGGAUUUUCUAUAAUUAGACUAAAUUCAAUGUAGUUUUUGUAAUCAUUUACAUGCUUAAUGUCGGGUUACAACAGGCUCGGAAAUUUUGAUCCUUUCGGUGAGGCCAAU